AUGUCAAAUAUUGUGGGUAUUGAAUAUAAUCGUGUUACAAAUACAACUUCUACAGAUUUUCCUGGUUUUUCAAAAGAUGGCAAAAACGAGUGGGAUGUGGAAGUGUUCAAGAAGCAUCUAAAAGUUAAUAUUUCAUCUCUAGACGAGAGAGAAGCAAACUUUGACUUGAUAAACAUCGACGCAUCAAUUGCAAACGCUUUUCGUCGUAUAAUGAUCUCUGAAGUUCCAUGCGUGGCUGCUGAAUACGUCUAUUUUUUCAACAACACAUCCGUCAUCCAAGAUGAGGUCUUAGCUCACAGGAUAGGUUUGGUUCCCUUAAAAGUUGAUCCAGACAUGCUUACCUGGGUUGACAGUAGUCUACCCGACGAUGAAAAAUUUACAGAUGAAAAUACUAUUGUUUUGAGUUUGAACGUCAAGUGCACAAGAAACCCAGACGCACCAAAGGACUGUACAGAUCCAAAGGAACUGUAUAACAAUGCCCAUGUCUACGCUCGUGAUUUGAAGUUUGAGCCCCAGGGUAGACAAUCCACUACCUUUGCUGCUUGUUCAGUUGUUCCAGCUGAUCCUGAUAUUUUACUAGCUAAACUAAGGCCUGGUCAAGAAAUCUCGUUGAAAGCACACUGCAUUUUAGGUAUCGGUGGUGAUCAUGCUAAAUUCUCGCCAGUUUCCACUGCUUCCUAUAGGCUACUACCUCAAAUCAAUAUUUUACAGUCAAUCAAAGGUGAGUCUGCUAAAAGAUUCCAAAAAUGCUUUCCACCGGGUGUUAUUGGCAUUGAUGAUACUUCAAGAGAAGCAUACGUUAAAGAUGCGAGAAAGGAUACAGUCUCCAGGGAAGUUUUAAGAUACGAAGAGUUUGCUGAUAAAGUUAAAUUAGGAAGAGUAAGAAACCAUUUCAUUUUUAACGUAGAAAGUGCUGGUGCUAUGACACCAGAAGAAAUUUUUUUCAAAUCCGUCAGAAUUUUGAAAAAUAAAGCUGAAUAUUUGAAAAACUGUCCAAUCACUCAAUGA